CAAGCGCACCCGCAGAUUGGGCAGAGCGGUCCGCCCAGGGUAGGCCCUUCCGCAUGCGCACUAGCGCGGCGGAGCGAAGACCGAGCCUUUCUUUUCGUCCCCUCUCCGCGGCUGUCUCUGAGGCGUCGCCGCCAUGCCGAAGCUGAGUAAAGAGGCGAAACAGCGGCUGCAGCACCUCUUCAAAGGUGGCCAGUUCGCCAUCCGCUGGGGCUUCAUCCCUGUCGUGCUCUAUCUAGGUUUUAAGAGAGGUGCAGAUCCUGGAAUGCCUGCGCCCACCCUUCUGAGUCUGCUUUGGGGAUAAAGGAUUUAACCAGAGCAUUCUGGAAGCAGCUGUUGAAGAUGUAUACAUUCCAGAUGCUAGAAAGGACACUUGUGCUAUGCUACUGGCCAGCUCUUUUCUGAAAACACAGAACUUACACCAUAAUGGAAUUGGGAUUAAUCUAAUUUAUGUUGUGAUUCUUUUAUCUGUUGGAAUAAAUAUUUAAUCUUAAA